AUGAUCGCCACCCUGCGCGCACCACUACGCAGUACUUUUGCCCGAGCGCACACACAUCGCAAUGGCCGGCGCACCUUCCUGAACCUGUCCUCUCUGUCGCCCUUCGGCUCUGGCGGUGCGCCCGACCCCGGCGAGGUGCAGACGUACCACGAGCGCAAGAUCCUCCCAUACACUCGCGCGCAGCUAUUUGCUGUUGUCUCCGACGUGGCGCAGUACAAGCGCUUCGUGCCCUACUGUGCGACCUCUACCAUCACGGCUCCGCCGAGACCGUACCCUGCUGCUGGAAAGGACGCGACAAGGAUGGAGGCCGAGCUCGGUGUUGCGUUUGGACCGUUCUCGGAAAGUUAUGUUAGUACGGUGACGUGCGUGCCGGAUUUGAGCGUCGAGGCCGUGGCCUCGUCUUCAACGCCGCUGUUCAAGAGCCUCACAACAACAUGGCGCUUCCAGCCCGCCUCACCGUCCUCACCACAUCCCUCGUCCGCGCCGCCUCUCUCAGGCUCAAACUCUCCUAAUCCAACGAAGGACGACGGCCCGACGCUCAUGACGCUCGACCUCGCGUACGCGUUCGCGUCCCCGCUACAUGCGGGCGUGGCGGGCGCGUUCUUUGGGCAGGUCAGCGCUGCUAUGGUCAGGGCGUUCGAGGAGCGUUGUAGGGAUGUUUAUGGGCCGGGGAGGAAGUAG